AUGUGCUACGCGAAGAAGGUUAGCAGCAGAGUCCGUUUUGUCCCUAUUUACGCUGUAUUUCCAGGAACUACAGAUUCGCACUAUGGCAUGGUCAAACGAAGCGCUGUGGGUCAUCAUACCUCAGACGAUGUCGUCAACAGACAAGCGCCGGGGCUGGAGACGGUGGAGAGUGGCGGGAUGCCAGUGUCUCGCUCUGUGGGUUUUGUUUUCCCUGGCGGAGAGAUGAAUUUCACCGAGGACGAGCGACAUCAGAAUCUAAACAUCUCCGAGUCAUCCAUUCCCGAUCUGGCGCUGUCACGGAUGCUGGCUCAGCCUGGUGCCGGCUAG